AUGAAUGAGGACGCACCAGAAGAUCUUCUGAAAAUAUACGAUGCCUGCGUAAAUACAUCCUUCACUGCCUGGGCUCGUGUGCAAGGAGGUAGAGAGUAUACCACCGAAGGAAUAGCACACAUAACGUAUUUUAAGCUGCAGGAAGAGUGCAGACACUUUGGCGCUGAAAAUCAGCCAAUUAAGCCACUCAUAUGCACGCGGAUAAUUGGACCAUUCGCACAGACAGAAAAAGAAAAGAGUCUUAAGAAUCUAAGAGAGAGCCUGCCUGAGAUAGAGUCUAUCCAUGAGCACAGACACUUGUGCAGAUCUUAUCUAGUUGUAAGAUCCAGGCCGUGGAUUGCUUCUAUCAUAGAUGCCCUUCCAUUAAACCUUCUUCCUCUACGCAGCUCCAGUAUAUACUCUAUGCAGCUCGAUAGCAUUCCCGUGCACUUUCCAUCUGAGGUGUUUAUCUCUAAGCAUCCAACAGCUACCAUUUGUAUGCUGAAUGUAAAUGAGCCAGAAGAGGAAAUAUUCCAAUUUUUCAGUGACUUUAGAGUGCAGAAAGUGGAGUCUCUAGAGGGAAGGGUGUACAUCCGCCUGGCCUCAAAAGAAGAGGCAGUGGCGCUCUACCAGAAGGUGGCAGGGCGUCUCAUCAACGAAAGAGCUGUGUUUGUCCUAUAUUACCCAGAGUGUUUAUCUGAUAUAAACUUGUUCCUAUAA